GAUAGAUGCUGUGGUGGUUUGAAAAUGAAGAGCAUCAGGCGGAAAUAUUGGGGGUUAAAACAUGGAGUUCGAGGAAUUCACCAUCUCCGACGAUCAGCUAGCAGGAGAGACCGGCGGCUCCCAAGCUGCUUCUGCAAAGACUUUCCUGAAGAGGCAAAGGGCAGAUUCUGACAUGGCGUCCCAAUCCGUUGAAGAGGCCUUUAUCAACCUCGGCUUGAGGCUGAGGGAGGUUGGGGGAAUUGGACCGCUUACAGCGGACCAGUUGGGGAUGAGCUCUCCUUCCGAGGUUGCCCGGCUAAAGAAGGAGAAGGAGGAGAUGACUCUCAUCCUGAAGAGCCAGACGGACGAGCUGACCAGGCUUUCUGGGAUGGCCGGGUCAAUGAAGGCGGAGAUCUCCCAGCUGAAGGAGGAGAACGACCAGCUGAUGGAUGAAGUCUCUGAAGCCAAGAGGGAGAUGGCAAAAGAGGAAGAAACCUUCCCCGGGCGCGCAGCCGCUUGGGUGGAAGAGAACAUGGCGGAAGCUGCCCGGGUAAUAACGGCAACUCCGGAAGUUACGAUGGAAUCUUUGAGGUUCCUUUACCGGGAGCCUGAAGGGAGGACGAUGAUUACCGCGAUUGGAUCCUUCGGAUUCAAGAGCGGUCAAAAGAAAGACCGGAUCGCUUCCCAUCGGAUUCUAUUGAAGAGAGACCCGGAUUUCACUACAGCUUCCUACGGCCUGGCUCCCAACCCAGAGGAAGAGCCUACUCCCCCCUUCCUCUUAGAUUAGGAUCUCCCCGGCUGUGUCCAGUUGUGUUUUAAAACUUAAGAAUCUUCAAUUUCCCGGGAAUGCUCGGUGCAUUUUGUAAACAAUUAACAUUCAACUUUCGAAGUUCAAAUGCAUGUUUACUUUUCAACCCGGGCAUAUUUGUUUUUUCUUCGAAUGCUUCUUGUUUGAUAUUCUGCCCUUAGGAUGUUUCCAUA